UCAGGUUUGCUGACGUGUUGAGAGGCGCUCCGAUGAUCCUGCGGAGUGUGGCGGGUGGAUAGCCGGCAUGGAGGUCCUUUACCAUCAGACCAACAAGCAGAUCCAUGAAGUUCAAUCGUACAUGGGCCGUCUGGAAACCUCAGACAAGGAGUCUGUUCAUUUGGUAGAAAAUGAAAUUCAGGCACGAAUAGACAGAAUUUUUAGCAAUUUAGACCGGCUGGAAAUCUUCUGCAGCAAGGAACCUCCAAACAAGCGGCAAAAUGCCAAACUCCGGGUUGACCAGCUGAAAUAUGACAUUCAGCAUCUGCAGACAGGAUUGCGAAAUUUCCAGCAUCGCCGUUAUGCACGGGAGCAGCAAGAAAGACAACGUGAGGAGCUUCUGACUCGAACGUUCACCACUAAUGAUUCUGACACCACCAUUCCAAUUGACGAAACAUUACAAUUUAAUGAAUCCCUUCAAAAUGCACACCGUGGCAUGGAUGAUCUUAUUGGCAGCGGAACCAGCAUCCUACAGGGCCUGAGGGAUCAGAGAGUGACAUUAAAGGGCACCCACAAGAAAAUAAUGGAUGUUGCCAAUAUGCUCGGUUUAUCUAAUACAGUCAUGCGUCUCAUUGAGAAACGUGCCUUCCAGGAUAAGUACUUCAUGAUUGGUGGCAUGCUGGUGACAUGCGUAAUCAUGUUCCUCGUAGUGCAGUAUUUUACUUGAAAGGCUAAAGAACACGCUACCGGACUGGGUUGGAAUUCCUUUCUACUCUGACUUCCAGCAUAACUGUGAAUCUCCUGGAUUGGCUACAGCUGCCAUGUGACUCAUACGAUGCUCGAGUUGAGUGGCUUUUAUAGAUUCUGCCGUUGGUGUGCAGAGAUGCUUAUCUACACAACACUCAUCAUUUUCAGUCAUUUAGCGGGCAUGUUGCCCAUGUGACUCUCAGGCUUAGUCGACGAGGGCAUGAAUUGUCUCCUUUAUUUCUCUUAAUAAUCCUGGCAUAAGUUAUAAAGCCUCUCAACAAAGUGCUCAACAAAGAAAGUAUUACUAUUGGAUCUAUAGAUUUCAUAGUUCCUCAAGAUCUAGAUGUCUAUGAAUACUGUAAUUAUUGGUGAAAAUGAAGCCGCUUGGCUUGAAGGACUUGUUGGCUUAACUUAUUGCAGGUGUGGGACAUAGGGAGACUGUCUUGUUCCCAGCAAUGAUUAAAAUAAAUAGAAAUUGUUU